UUGGCGUGGCCAUAGUCACUGGGAUUCGUAAUUUUGCCGCAGGUAAUGUAGCAAUGGUUGACAGCCACUUAGGAACAUGGGGAAAUGCAAGUUCAAUUACAAAUGGCUUGAAAAAAACGAGUAUUCCUGGUUAAGGUCGGUGCCUGGAAAUGUUUAUGAGGCGAACUGCAUUAUGUGUCGGAAGAAUUUCAAACUUGGGACGAUGGGGUUCAGAGCGGUGGAAUCGCACGUACAGAGCAAAAAACACAGAGACUACGUAAAGGCACGCCAGCAGCCCGCCAUUGCUAGCUUCUGCUCCAACAUUCCCACCGCUAGCAACGACCUCAACGCUACAACGCUGGAUGUUAGCAUGGGAAAUCCACAGCCAACAAUGCCAGCUGACCUCCGAGCAAUUUGUGGCUCUACGCCAACACUCCGAGCAGAGGUGAUUUGGGUGCUGAGGACCGUGACAAGCCACAAUUCAUACAGGUCUAAUGACGGGAUUGAAGAAGUGUUCAAAGCAAUGUUUCCAGAUUCUGGGCUUGUACAGUCAUUUACCUGUGGAAAAGACAAGACCAGAUACGUGGCUAAAUUUGGAUUGGCGCCAUAUAUAAAAAAAGAGCUCAUCACCGAAGUCCAAAAAUGCGGUGCGUUUGUAAUUAUGUUCGACGAGACACUGAACCAGACAACCAAAAGCAAACAACUGGACUUGCAUGUGCGUUAUUGGUUAAAUGACCACGUCCAGUCAAGGUUCUAUGGAUCACAGUUCAUGGGCCAUGCAACUGCCCAGGAUCUACUUCAGCAUUUCAAAGAAUGUGUGCAGCAGCUUGACCUGAGAAAUAUGAUUUCUAUCUCAAUGGAUGGACCAAAUGUCAACUGGAAGUUUUUUUCAACGCUCCAACAGGAACAUGCAGAGGCAUUUGGAAAUGCCCAGCUGAUUGUGGUGGGAAGCUGUGGGCUUCACACGCUCCACAAUGCCUUCAAAAGUGGCUUCAGUGUCUGGCAGCUGGAAAAAGUGCUCAGGGCAUUGCAUACACUCUUUCACAAUACCCCUGCUAGAAGAGAAGAUUUCUGCACUUUGACCAAGACAUCUGUGUUUCCCCUACCGUUCUGUGGGCAUCGCUGGAUAGAAAACCUACCCGUCGUCGACAGGGCUAUUACAAUAUGGCCAAUGAUUGUGAUGUAUGUGGAUGCAGUGACACAGAAAAAACUUCCAAACCCUAGAACGUCAUCCUAUGACACUCUUGCAGAGGCACGGAAUGACCCUCUCAUAAUGGCCAAGUUUCACUUCUUCAUGGCUGUCUCUAGGACCUUCACCACCUUUUUGACCAAAUAUCAGACAGACAAGCCUGUGAUGCCAUUCAUCAGUAAAGAUCUGGCUAUUCUCAUGAAGAGCCUGCUGAAGAGGUUCAUCAAGGCAGAGAUCCUUAAUGACAUUACAGCACUGCAAAUGGUCAAACUGGACACAACUGCCAAGGAAGCAAGGCCUCGCCUAAAGGAUGUGGACAUUGGAUUAGGAGCAGAAGUAGUCCUAAAGGAACUCCAGAGUAGCCCCAACAGCAGUGUAGGUGAGCUCAGUGUGUUGGCAUUUAGAAAGGACUGCAUGGACUGUUUGACUAACAUUGUCAAGAAAAUGCAAGACAAGAGCCCACUGAAGUACACCAUUGUGAGGCAGAUGGCAUGUUUGGACCCAACGAACAUGUUCUCAGAUCCCGACUUGUGCUAUGAAAGAAUGAAAGGAGUUGUUCAGAGGUUUCUGCAUGAUCACCAGCUGUCAGGAGGCAUCUCUGCUGGUGAUGUGAUUGUCCAGCAAUUUGGAAAUUUCUUGUCUCUGGAGUCAAAAGAUGAAUCCUUCUCCUCUUUCCAACCCAUGCGUACAAGACUGGAUGUUUUCUUGCAUGGGCUCCUCUAUCAAUCCUACCCUGAACUCUGGACUUUCUCCAGGAAACUUCUGCUCCUCUCCCAUGGCCAAGCAACGGUUGAGAGGGGCUUUUCAAUAAACAAGGGGAUAGAGGCUGAUAACAUGAAGGAGGACACAGUGGUUGCUCAGUCUGUGGGGGGGUUCUCAAAGUACCUCUGACAAAGGAGCUUUUGGCAGCUGCAGCUUCAGCAAGGUCUCAGUAUCGGCUACACCUGGACCAGGAAAAGAGAAAGCAUGCGAGCAAUGCACAAAGAGAAAAGAGAAAAGUUGCAGAAGACCACCUUGAGCAGCUCAAAAAGAAGAAGAUGAUACUGAUUGAGGUAGCAAACAGCCUAGAAAAAGACGCAGACAAACUUGCAGAGCAAGCUGAGGGUAAAUCAGGCACACUCAUGGCCCAGCUAAUCACCAAGUCAAACAUACUCAGAAAAAGAUACAAAGAAAAAAUCACAGAACUCAAAGAGGUUGAGAAAGAGCUGGAAGAUAAAUCAGCAGAACUCAGGCAUAUGCCAUAAUGUCUCAUCAGGCAUUUUCUACAGACUGCCAAGCGCAGUGAAUGUGUAAACCGCUUAAAGACAGGAACCGUCCCAGCACCAACUGUGGACUGACAGGUGAAAUAAUUCUAAUCCUAAUCAUUUUACAUUGUCAUCAUCGCUGUCGAAAUGCUCUUGUACAAGUGGCGCUACAUUUUGUAUCAUACAUAUCGAUAGGAAAGUUUUCUCUCAUCCAUUUUAACUUAACACUGCUAUUUAGGGGAGGUGCCUGGGUAGCUCACCUGGUAGAGCAUACGCCCAUAUACAGAGGCUAGAAGUCUAAGCUGUCCUGUCAAUAAAAAAUGCCUAAAAAUGCCACAAAAAUUAUCUUUAAAAGAAACCACACUGCUUAUUGGGAUAAAAGUGCGUGCAUGUGUGAUUUAGAGAAGCACUCCACAACAGUGUUAGGCAGAAACGCAUUUCUUAGUAAUAUAUUACUGUAAUUGUAUUACUUUUCACAGUAACGAGUAGUGUAACAAUUUCCAAAACAUUAAUUAUAUUACUAAUCAAAGUAAUGCUGCGUUACUGCAUUCCCCAAAUGUGAUUUUGUUUUUUGUCCAAGAUAGGCUUUCUUAUAUGCCUUAUACAGGCAUGCCUCUGUUUCAAGUGUUCAUAUGUUCAGUUGUGCACAUGCACAUUGUUAUAAAUUGGUAACACUCUUUUGGGAAGGCUUUCUCAAGUGCCAAAGUGUUUUGUUUAUUAUUAUAUAAAAAGGAUUGUUUUCCAAGUCUAUUCACAAAAGCUCAGGAGUAGACAUGAACUUCUGCAAAAAAAUUGUCACAUAGACAUGAACGCGCACAAACACACACACACACACACUUAUUCCCACACACCUCCGCAAAACACUCAUACACACUGCUGUCUACUCUCUUUCCAUGAUGAGUCCUCCACAAACUGCAAUCCAUCCAUCGGAGUUUCUCUCUCUUUCUCUCUCUCUGUCACACACACAUUCUAUUAUGUAAAUGUCUUUGCAUUUUAAAAGCAGAAUUGUCAUUUAUUUAUUCAUGUCAUUUUAUUUAUUUUGUUCAAAAGGAACUUUUUUUUUAUAUUUACUUGAUUUUAUAAGUAUUUGUUAAUUGGACCUAAAUGUUCAGAAAAUAUUGUAAUAAUAAAUAUAAUUUAGGACAGCAAUUACAUUUUUGUGUUAUCCUUUCGCAUUACACACAUUUAG